CUCCGCCGUUAGAGACCACAAAAAACACCUCCAGCUACAUUUAUGCAUAUGUAGCAUCCUUUAGGUGUGAGAAGAAUGCGCUAGUAAAACAGUGACGAUGCGGUGAACGGACACUAGUAAGAUCUGAUAGCGUUUUUUUUACGCAACGGUCGCGCUGCCCACUUUCGCUUUCUUCUGAAAAUCAGCCCGUGCUUUUUCGCUCGAGAAUUUAUUAAUUUAAUCCAGAUUUUCUAUUAAAAAAAAUAAAUUAUUACAGCCGGGAUCUUUUUUGGAUAGUUUGCUAAUAAUUAUUGCCAUAAUUUCUAAUGCAAUGGAUUUUGAUAAUGUGACGCUGAACGAUCUCGGAUACGAAGUGUACAAUUACACCGAGACAUACAAUUUCACGGCGGACACCUGUGAGAAGUUGCUGCGCGCCCUGGCCGAAUGGAAUAUUAGUGUGGAGGACUUCGUGGCGCAGAAAGCGGAUUACAUUGACGAAGAUAAUUGCCAUCGACCGCUGAAGAAUGUAACGCUAAUCAGUGAGCAUCCCAUCAAAUAUGCCUAUAUUGCCAUCUAUCCUACCUUGCUGGCCUUAUGCACCAUCGGGAAUCUCUUGACCAUUGCCAUACUGCGCAAACAGAACGGGCGCCGUAAUAAACGCUGGUCCGCCGAUGUUUAUCUGGUUGCUUUGGCCAUUUCCGACAUUUGUGCGGUGUGGGGUCAGCUGGUAUAUUUCAGUUCCACAAUCGACGCCGCCAUUGCCGAUCCCUACUACAAAUCCUUCCUGAGCGGGGCCAGUGGCGGCAUAGCGUUUUUUGCCGACGUAUUUAUAAAUUUUUCUGACUGGAUAUUAAUCAGCUUUACCGUUGAGCGUUUGCUGGCCGUUGUACUGCCGUUGCAAUAUGGAAGGCUGGUCAGUCGCAAACGCACGUUUUUCACCGUGUGCUGCCUAUUCGUCUUAGCCGUACUAGCCGUUGUGUACAAUCUGUACGACUACUAUUACUUUUAUUUCUGGGAUGAUCCGCGAUGCCCGUCAACAUUUUUACCAUUCCCCGUCGUGCUAAAAAACUGGCGUUCGGCACAAAAAUAUUUCACGAUAAUUGUGCCGGUGUUGAAUUUCGCCAUAAUCCUGACUCUAAACAGCAUCGUCGCUGUGUGCUUGUGCCGUCAGCGCCGAUUCCGCACUUUGUACGUACACAGCAGCGCCACCAACCCGGAUGUGGAUGCCGGUAAAGAUGGCGCGGCCAUCCAGAUGCUGCUGACCGUAGCGCUCUUCUACAUCGUCACCCAGUCGCCCAAGGUCGUCUUCAAUCUUUGGAUAGCCGUCAGCGCGUCGCCGCUGUGUUACACUCCGCCCACCGAAAACCAGCAUGCCAUCCUUUUGCGUCUCAGCGAUAUUAUCUUUAUUGCCAAUUAUUCCUGUAAUUUUCUGCUGUAUUACGGCGUUAGUAGCGCUUUCCGUAAGGGGUGCCGGCAACUGUGGCAGUCGCAACCGUUCCGGCGUCUGGACGGGCGGAGCGGCGCGACCACGCCCACCGGACAUCCGGGUGCGUAUGAUACGCAGCGGGGCGUAAUGAGCGGAUUGGAAGCCAUACAACCGGUGCAAAAACGGUCGUUGGAGUCAUUCAGUUCCAGUAAGACCAUGUCCAGUACGGUGAUGCCGCUUAGUGAGAAGUCCUCGAAUGGAAGUAGUAGCACCGGCAAGUGAGGCACCACAUUCACAUUUUGCCUGGCGGCAAAAAUUGAAAACUGUGCUAUGAUAAAUUUAUCAUUAUUGCGGUAUAUGGUUAGUUGUGCGAAGAAUUCAUGUUGGUUGGCAGAGCUUGUGCAGUAAUUUUUGCACGUCUGGUUUUUUCUGUCGUAAAUCUCUUCUGAGAGCAAAUGGGAAAACUGAGCUUUGGUAUUAUCUUUGUAAUAAAUUAUGAUACUCGUAUUAACUCAAUGUCUCCUGCAAAAAGGCAAUCACUCCCAUAAAAGAAAACUUUGUCUAAUAUGCACAACAAAAUCAGCGAGCUGUAACA